AUGGGAAACUCAGACCAGACAAAACGGAGGCAGAGACUCAAGGGAAAGAAAAUGGAGGCUGCUGGAUUCCCAUCCAUAGUGUCAUUCUUCCAAAAAAAUGCAGAACCUGAGAGCAGCAAACAGGAAGACAGAAUACAGAUUACCAAUGGCAACCAGGUGCAAGGAACCAGAUAUGUCACAGCAGAUCCGGAUAUUGUUGAGACCCAACAGCCAUCUCAGUCCAAACGAGUCACAGAUCCACAAGCUGAUGUUGCAGCUGAUUCAGAUGCAGAAUCCAAGUUCCCAGCCACAUUUGACCUUCUGGAUCAUCGAGAUCUCCCAGCUUUGCGAAGAGCCAAGGCUGAAUUGAUAGUGAGGCACAAGAAAGAUAAUCUCAAAAUGUUUAUCUGUGCUCGUGUCACCAGUAUGAUUGCUCUUAUCAGUCUGUAUAUUGAUCCAGAGCUUGGAUUUGGGUGGACGAAAUGCUCUAAGCUUGCAGCAGAAGCAACUGGAAGAGGGGUCAAUCAUGCCUGA